CAUAACAUAACGGGAAAAACAAAAGAGUUGAGAGGAUACAAACCGCAGAGUAUCGAGAAAUACUAAAAGAUAUAUCCCCUAUGCAUAUAUCUUCGGAUAUAUUCAAGUGCCAGUGCCCGAGAAUCUGUUUUUUUACGGUGUUGCCAGUGCCAAAACAAAACAAAGUCCAAACCAAACAAUAAACAUCGCAUAAAAAAAAAACAAAAAUUCGAAACGAAAACCCCCUCCCUUUGGAAUACCGUUUAAAGAAAUAUAUAGAGUCUGGAUCCCGAUCUCGAUCUGUGCAUCUUGAUCCAAAAACAAGUUGCCAUUGGAAUAUAACUAAACGACGACGACUACGACGGACGCCGCUUUUGCUUCUAGUUUUGUUUGUGUUUUUUUUUCGAUACAACCAUCAAAAGCGAUAACUUUGCAAGGAAGACAAGUGAAACCAACGCAGCAGAUCCUAGGGCUAAAGCUAGGACCUAGCGAUUAUCCUUGGGGAUACUAAAUAUAUAUUUUAUUCGGAAUACCGGCGGCGCAAAGACACAGCUUCACCGUGGCGCUACAUUCCACCGAGGCCCUGAUGGCGGCGGGCUUCCUCAAGUCGGGCGACCUGGGCCCACAUCCGCACAGCUAUGGCGGUCCACAUCCGCACCAUUCGGUGCCCCAUGGACCAUUGCCGCCUGGCAUGCCGAUGCCAUCGCUGGGUCCCUUCGGUCUCCCACAUGGACUGGAGGCCGUUGGGUUCUCCCAAGGUAUGUGGGGAGUGAACACAAGAAAACAGCGUCGCGAACGCACCACAUUCACACGCGCCCAAUUGGAUGUUUUGGAGGCUCUUUUUGGCAAGACACGUUAUCCGGACAUCUUUAUGCGCGAAGAAGUGGCUCUCAAAAUCAAUCUGCCCGAAUCCAGAGUACAGGUGUGGUUCAAAAACCGACGCGCCAAGUGCCGACAGCAGCUCCAGCAGCAGCAGCAAUCCAAUAGCCUGAGCAGCUCCAAGAAUGCCAGCGGCUCCAGCGGCGGCGGAAGCUGCAGUAGUUCAUCCAAUAGCCGCAAUGGCAGCAACAACAACAACGGCUCACAGAGCGGUGGAUCCGGCAAUAGCAAAUCGGGCCAGAAGCAGAGCCACGCCCACGCCCAGUCACAGUCCAGCCAGGGCCAGAGCGGCAGCGGCGGAGGCGUAGGGGCAGGCGGUUCUUCCAGCGGCAGCAGCAACUCGGCGGCGGCAGCAGCGGCGGCCAAUGCAGCGGCAGCGGCAGCGACUCAAUCGCUCAAAUCGCAUCACAACUCAUUCCUGAGCGCUGCGGCAGCGGCGGCGGCAAAUAGCAGCGGGAACGGUGGCGGUGGAGGAGGAGGAGGCGGUGGUGGCGGUAACGGUGGAUCCACGCCCAACAGCAGCAGCAGCAGCAGCGGCGGGGGCGGCGGUGGCGGCGGUGGAGCCGGAAGUCACCUCUCGGCAGCAGCAGCGGCGGCAGCCCUGAAUGUAACGGCAGCGCAUCAGAACUCCUCGCCACUGCUGCCCACACCGGCCACGUCAGUGAGUCCGGUGAGCAUUGUGUGCAAGAAGGAGCAUCUCUCCGGCGGCUAUGGCGGCGGUUCAGGUGUUGGCGGCAGCUCUGGCUCCUCGGGCGUGGGCGUGGGCGUUGUCGGUGGCCUCAAUUUGGGCGGCGUUGGCGUUGGCGUCGGUGUGGGCGGUGUGGGUGUGUCACAGGAUCUAUUGCGGUCCCCGUACGAUCAGUUGAAGGAUGCCGGUGGCGAUAUUGGUGCCGGUGGUGUGCAUCAUCAUCACAGCAUCUAUGGCUCGGCGGCGGGCGGCAGCAAUCCGCGACUGCUCCAGCCGGGUGGCAACAUAACGCCCAUGGAUAGCAGCAGCAGCAUUACGACUCCAUCGCCACCGAUUACACCCAUGUCGCCACAAUCGGCGGCCGCAGCGGCGCAUGCCGCACAGUCGGCCCAGUCCGCCCAUCAUUCCGCUGCCCAUUCGGCGGCCUAUAUGUCCAACCAUGACUCGUACAACUUCUGGCAUAAUCAGUAUCAGCAGUAUCCCAAUAACUAUGCCCAGGCGCCCAGCUAUUACUCACAGAUGGAGUACUUUAGCAACCAGAAUCAGGUCAACUAUAAUAUGGGACACUCGGGCUACACGGCCUCCAAUUUUGGCCUAUCGCCAUCGCCGUCCUUCACCGGCACCGUAUCCGCGCAGGCCUUCUCCCAGAACAGCCUGGAUUACAUGUCGCCGCAGGAUAAGUACGCGAAUAUGGUGUAGAAUCUACUCUUGCAGUACUGCGGCGGCAGCACCAAUAAUACCAAUACGA